CCAGAGGUGGGGCUUCCUGCAGCAUUGUCCAUUCAGGAACGUCGGGGCGGGAUCGAGCGCAGAGUCCAAUCAGGAAGCGGGGGCGGGAGGACGUUUCCUAAACCCUCCCAGACGUCACUGCUCGGCGCGUACGACGAUUGAAAGUUUAUUAUCUGUCUGCGCGACUCCGGAAGUGCUUGUUCCGGCGGACGGGACCACGGCACGUCUGCAGAAGCCGGACAUGGACUUGGUGGUCUUAGAAGAUGUGGCUGUGAACUUCACCCAAGAAGAGUGGGCUUUGCUGAAUGCCGCUGAGAGGAAGCUCUAUAAGGAUGUGAUGCUGGAAACCUUCCAGAACUUGGCGUCAGUAGAUAGUUGUACUCAAGUUAAAACCAGUGGAUCAAGUCCUCAGCAGGGUAUUUUUGAGAAUGAAAUAUUCAAUGGAAAGAAAAUAAUAAGUUUCAUAAGAAACGAUUCCAGGUUCAAUUUGGAAGAAAAGGGGAAAGUUCAUAACGUUGAAGAUCAGCCCCAAAUCCAGAAGAAGCAUUCAAGGAAAUGUGUGAGCGGUCAUAAAGGACAGAAAAUCCCUGCAUGUGAAGUAUGUGGGAAAACCUUUAUGCAUUUAUCUUCCCUUAAGCUACAUUUAAGACGUCACAGUGGAGAGAAACCGUAUGAAUGUAAGGAAUGUGGGAAAGCCUUCAGUUGUCCCACAUACUUUCGAGAACAUGUGAGAAUGCACACUGGAGAGAAACCCUAUGAAUGUAAGUAUUGUUGGAGAGCCUUCAGUUUUUACUCAUCCCUUCAAGAACAUGAGAGAACACACACUGGAGAGAAACCCUAUAAAUGUAAGCAGUGUGGAAAAGCCUUCACUAGUUAUUCCGCCCUUCAUGGACAUGAGAAAACACACAGUGAACAGAAGCCUUACGAAUGUAAGCAAUGUGGCAAAAGUUUCCGUUGUCCCAAAUAUUUUCGACAACAUGUGAACAUGCAUAGUGGAGAGAAAAUCUAUGAAUGUAAGGAAUGUGGGAAAGUCUACAGUAUGCCUGCAAACCUUCGACAGCAUAUGAAAACGCACAGUGGUGAAAGACCCUAUGAAUGUAAACAAUGUGGGAAAACCUUCAGAUGGCCUACCUCCUUACGAAACCAUAUGAGAACGCACUCUAGCGAGAAACCCUAUGAAUGUAAGCAAUGUGGAAAAGCUUACAAGUGUCUCAUAUCCCUUCAAGAACAUCUGAGGAAACACACUGGGGAGAAACCCUAUGAAUGUAAGCAGUGUGGAAGAGCCUUCACUAGUUACCCAGCCCUUCAUGGACAUGAGAAAACGCACAGUGAACAGAAACCUUAUGAAUGUAAGCAAUGUGGCAAAAGUUUCCGUUGUCCCAAAUAUUUUCGACAACAUAUGAACAUGCAUAGUGGAGGGAAAGUCUAUGAAUGUAAGGAAUGUGGGAAAGUCUACAGUAUGCUCGCAGUCCUUCGACAACAUAUGAAAACACACAGUGUUGAAAGACCCUAUGAAUGUAAACAAUGUGGGAAAACUUUCAGAUGGCCUACCUCCUUACGAAACCAUAUGAGAACACAUUCUAGUGAGAAACUCUACGAAUGUAAGCAAUGUGGAAAAGCCUACAAGUGUCUCAUAUCCCUUCAAGAACAUCUGAGGAAACAUACUGGAGACAAACCCUAUGAAUGUAAUCACUGUGGGAAAGUCUAUCAAUAUUCCAAAUACUUUGACGUGCAUAUGAAAAUGCACAAUGGAGAGACACAGUAUGUAUGUAAAGAAUGAGGGAAGCCUUAAGAAUACAAGGCAUGUUGGGAAACCUUCUGUAAAAUGGGACGAGCAGUAAUAUCAGUACCUGUCUAAUGUAAUGGGGGAUAAUGAGAAUCACCGUCAGCACAAAGCCGACUCCCAUGAGGUGGAGAUCACACAUACGUCCACUGUGCAACCUUUUUACCAAUUCUGAAACCUGCCAUCCCUGCCAUGGCACUCUCUACUUCUCUUCGGGGUUUGAUAAUCUGUUGCAGUGGCCACACAGAAUUCACAGACCAUACUUACACUUAAGUGGUUUAUUAAGGACCAGGGUACAAGUCGGUAUCAGAAUCAACAGACUACAACUCAAGAAUCAGGAUCAGGAAGCAUGUAGGUAGAGUCUCCCUUCUUUAGUGCAGGAUAGCUCUCUCAGCUCCUCUCAGUAGUGCGGGAUUCCUCUCAGGCCCCUGAGGACAGGUUCCUCUUGGCCCUGCCAUUGUUGCCACCACCUCCGCUGCUGGACCCCUUCUAGGCCUCUUGCUGUCUUCAGUGUUAGAGCCUUUGACCACUAUUAAACAGCUCUUUUAGGAGGUUCCUUGCCUCCUCUCUCUCUCUGUCUCCUCUCUUCCUUCUGCUUUUCUUCUUGCUUUUUUCUGUCUCUAAACAAAAAACUGUUAGGCUGGCUGCAUCUAUAUACACAAUUCUUUGCCAGUUUCAAGGCAUGGCCCCUCUCAGUGGGGGACCACAAACUGACCAAUCCCCUCUUGGUAGGCCACAGAUACCUCAUUUGCAUAGUAUGCACGGCUGGGCUACAUCUCACCUCAUUUGCCUUGUCUGUUGACCAAUCCCUGCAAGGUGCAUACCAAUCACAUGGCAGGCUGUAGCUCAGGGCCAGGCAAAAAGUAGCAAACCAAGCUGUUUUCACCUACUCAGGAAAUGUCAAUCAACCAAACAAAAGUAACAAAACUCUUCCUUGUAGAAAACUAGGCAGGUGUAACUCUUCAGGGCUUAGGGGGAAUGUCUCUCAAGCCAUUUUUCCAAAGAGCCAAGGCAAAAGGCCACAUAAAGGAACUCCUUUCACCACAGUUGUCAUCAUGGGUAAGGUUGGGAGCUACAUCUCCCCGAGUCCCUUCUGUUUAUGACUCCGGGUUAAAGUUCAUGAGAAGGGGAAGGUGCGUGAGUGUUGGAAGGCAGAAGUGAAGAAGCAUUCCUCUCCAUUCUGCUGGGCCAUCAGGAGAGAGAGAUGCAUAGGAACCCAGUAGCCUAGGUUACAGCACAUCUUUGGCACCUGGCUUUCUCACUCAGGAACAGCCCAAACCGCACACCACGUGCUUGACAUGUGUUAGCAGCCCUUCAGCGUAGAGGCGUUCACAGAGAGAGCUCACAGUAAUGGGUUAGCGUGCACAGCUCUGAAGAAAGCAAGGGGUGGAAAUGAAAUGUGUGGUUGUUCUCAGAGAGUAUGUGGUAAGAAUGUUCCAGGAAGUGUGUAUCAAAAAUAUUUUCCAAAAGUGCUUGCACCAACUCUUCUCAGAAGCCUCUGCACAGAUGAACAGAUGAAGAAUUGUGGUCACAGCCAUGCUGGAAUUUAUAUAUAAAAACCCCUCCGUCCUCAUGUACUCUGGAGCACGUUGUAUGGUUUACAUCGUGCCGCCCUGCUAUCCAGUUACAGCUGUUCCAUUCCUCAAUAAAACUCUUUUGUUCCACUCUCCACAGAGUAAAGUAUUUUUGUACUGUGUAGACUUUAGUUCCCUCCUAGGCAGUGGCUUCCACAGGGUUUUCCAGAAGCUCCCCCAUCAGGGACCUUCUUUGGCGCUCAGGCUUACAUGGCUUCCGGCUGACCCGUUAUCCUCUGUAAGCACUCAUUCCUGCAAUAGCAGUUCUUUUCUCUGAUUCCACCCUGACAGAUUUAAUGCGGCCACCGAGAAUGCAGGAAGCAUAGUUCUCUGAUGGCUUUGUUAUGGGACUGCACUGACCAUGAAAUUACUGUUUCUGACAUCUCCAUGAUUGAAAUAAUCAUUUGAACUGUGUUUGGCAGAUCAUGGGAGUUUUCUGUUACAGCCGAAUUCCAUCUAUAAGCAGUAAAUCUACCAUAUUUAGUUACUUUCAUUUUUAUAUGUGAUUACCCAGUGUUUAAUUCCUUUCAGUUUUUAAUAUGAGAUAGAAAACAAUUGGCAUGGUUCAUCAGACAUACUUCUGUAAAUGUAUCUUAGAAAAUCUUACCUAGGUUUUAAAAUCUGUUGUAUAGUUAUAAAUGUCAUUAUGUUUUCUGUUUCAUUAACUGAGAUGAUAUGUUGAAAUAUUCUAUUCUGAAUUGUUAUGUGCAUCAAGUCGGCUCACACUCACAGCAACCCUAUGUAAAAAAAAAAAAUUAUGCACAACAGAACAAAACACUGCACGGUCCUGCGCCAUCCUCACAAUUAGUGCUCUGUUUUGAGUCCAUUGUUGCAGCCACUGUGUCAAUCCAUUUUGUUGAGGGUCUUCCUUUUUUUUGCUGACCCUCUGAUUUACCAAGCAUGAUGUCCUUCCCUAGGGACUAGCCCCUCCUGAUAACUUGUUUCUUCCAAGACAGAUUUGUUCGUUUUUCUGGCAGUCCAUGGUACAUUCAGUAUUCAUCACCAGCGCCAUAAUUUAAAGGCAUCAAUUCUUUGGUCUCCCUUAAUUGUCUGGUUUUUGCAUUCGUAUGAGGCAAUUGAAAACACCCUGGUUUGGGUCAGGUGCAUCUAAGCCU